ACUCAUUAGCAAUUGGGUGUUUGGUUGAAAAACGAUUUAGUUUUCCGUCGAAUUCGACCGAAGUGCUUGUGUCUCGAUAUAAACGCUACGGAUACUAAUAAAUCACGAUUUAAUCAAUAAAACUUGAUUACUGCGGUUUUCGAUAUAAAAAGCCUCAAUGUUUCAAUUGAGACAUAACCAAAUAUAUUCUUGUUCAGCCUUCAAUUCCAUGUUGGAUGCUACAUAAUACGAAUCAAAAAUAAAUUCAUGUGAUAAUGUGGCGCGUAGAAUAGUGCGGUUCCAGGGACAAAUAUAGAUUUGUCUGAUAUAGUACAUGACAGCAUUUGCUUGUCAAUUGCUUGUAUUUUCAAAAUAAGAUAUUGCUUUAUUGGGUACUCGAGACGCCAGCCUUCCACAAGAAUUUACUUGAAGUAGCGAGUGGCAGCGUGUGUUGCCUCUCCCACGACGCCAACGAAAAUGAGUGGCCAGGAUAUAAUGUGCGAAGUGGAGAUUUCAGACUCAAAUAUUGUGGAGGUUGUCGAAGCAGAUUUCAAUAAUAUUGGUGUCCACUAUGAAGAUUAUGAGGUGAGUGUGGGCGAUGAGCAGUACGAGGAAGUAACAUGUGAGACAGAAGACAGCCAGGGUCUCCUUAUGCACCAUAUGAAUGAUGAGAUAGCAGGGGAUCUGCAAAGCCAUGAGGAGGUGAUCGACACUCCAGCUGACCUUAGCGUCUACAGUGACGUUACCAGUCUUAAUAGCGACAUUUAUAUUGGAACCUCAACUGAACAGUCUGCAGCGUCCUCUUUGAACACUGCUCGCAUUCGUCGACGCGCUGUGAAGACGGAGGAUAACACCUCCAUUACUUCAAUUCAAAAUGUAGGCAAUGGAGAACUAGUUGGACCCCAAUUCGGUACGGGGAAAUCACGUCGAUGGGAACAGAAGCAAGUGCAAAUCAAAACUAUGGAUGGAGAAUUCAGUGUAACUAUGUGGGCAUCCGGAGCAUCCGACACAGACGAGGAUUCAACUCCAGAACCCGACCCUGAUUAUACCGAAUAUAUGACAGGCAAAAAGAUAAGCAGUAGCCAGGAUUGUGUACCUGGUGUCGAUCUCUCUGAUCCCAAACAGUUGGCAGAGUUCGCUCGGCCUGCUGGUCAUAAGUUAAAGUUCAAAAAGUCAACCCAAAGCUUGCAGGACUCAACAGAUCGUACCAUAGCGUGCCCACAUAAGGGUUGCAACAAGAUGUUUAGGGAUAAUAGCGCUAUGAGAAAACAUCUUCACACGCACGGACCGCGAGUUCAUGUUUGCGCAGAAUGUGGUAAAGCCUUUGUUGAGAGUAGCAAGCUAAAACGUCAUCAGCUAGUCCAUACUGGCGAAAAACCUUUCCAGUGUACUUUUGACGGAUGUGGGAAGCGUUUCUCUCUGGACUUUAACCUCAGAACCCACGUCCGCAUCCACACGGGUGAUCGUCCCUAUGUAUGCCCAUUUGAUGGAUGCAACAAGAAAUUUGCCCAAUCGACUAAUCUCAAAUCACAUAUACUGACACAUGCUAAAGCCAAACGCAACAUAGGAUCUGGUGGACGGCAUAAUGUAGUGGUCACUCCACCUGGAUACGUAAAAUUGGAAAUGCCAACAAUUGAGACAAAUUCCCAGUAUAUCGUAUACACAGAUUAAGUGAUGAUGUUAUUUGGCGAAGGCUGUGUAUCCAAAAAGAACAAUGGAACAAGAAGGCAAACUCUGUAUGUAGAUUGAACAUGCCUUUGCAUAAGAUUGCCAGCGAGAGAAAACCGCAAAAUAUAUUAAUUAAGAAAUAGACUUUUGGUAAGGGGGGGAGUUGUAUUAUGAUUACAUAUAAGAUUAGAGAUGUGUCACAAUUAACUGUGUUUUAUUUUUUGUAUCAUUGUUUAUUGGACCCAGAUGCUAUUCACUGAAAAUCAUAAAGUUUUUUAUUCAACUUUAUUAGUGAGACUUAUAUUCUCAAAUGCCCAGUCACAACACAAUUUUUAGCAGUUUAAUUCCUACUUUACUUUCUAGGUUUUUUUAUUAUACAAACUCUCUGGUUUGGAAAUGUUUCUGAUAUUUUUGUUAUUCUAUUUUAUAUGUUCGUCUUUUCAUACUGUGGUUAUAGAAUUAUCCAACUUCAAAUGUGUCACAAUAAAAUUUGUAUUACCUA